CCAUCAAUCAACUGCAUAAAUAAACUCCCCCGUCUCUGCCUAUAGACUCUACUCAAGCAGUAAAAACCAAGACUCCAACGGCAAAAUCAUUUGCCUUUUGGGUUUCAAAGGCCAACGCUUCGUAUUUGCUGUGCUGGUGGCAAUGGCGGAUUCGACUAAACAGAAUAGCGUUAGGACUAUGAACCCUUGGGUUCUCCAUCUCCAGAAAUUGGGUCUUGAGCUCAAAUGUCCUCUUUGCUUAAACUUCCUGAAGCGGCCAUUUUUGCUUCCUUGCGAUCACAUUUUCUGCAAUGCAUGCCUACCCGAAACGACGCAGUUUGGCCCACAGUGCCCUGUUUGUAAAGCUCAAUAUGUUGAUCGGGAUCUGAGGCUCAUGCCUUUUAUUGAAAACAUGGUAACAAUAUACAGAAGCUUGGAUGCUGCUUUCUUUGCCAAUCUGUUCCAGUCAAGCUCAUCUGAUACUGGGAGAAUUUUGGAGCAAUAUCCUACUUCAAAAAGUGCAGAUUGCAACGAUAAGUUCUGUAAGGAACCUUUUAAAGCGGCUAGGGAGGAUAAUUCAAACAGUGGGAGGUCCAUGUUUAUGCUGACGAGCAAUAACUUAGCUCAGGUUCCAUUGAAUGGUUCUGCUGAAAAUGGGGUUCAAAAGAUUGACAUGGCAGACAAAUGCAAUGUGACAAAGCACCUUAAAUAUAAGGAAUAUGAUAUGUUAGCCAGCGGAGGGGAUAAAGGUGAUGGAGAGCAGAAUAUCAAUUCUCCACCAGCAAGUUCCCUUAUAAGAGCUGGGGGGAUCCAAGAGUGUAGUAUUAUGCAAAUAGGGAUGAAUCAGGUGGAUCAAUUGUCAGCUGGUAGCCCUCCUUCAUUUGGUGAUAUUAAGAGUUCAGAAAAUGACAGUUACGAUCAGGGUGGUGAUAGUAGUCCAAAAAAUUAUCAAGCAAUGAGAUUGAUCAAGAGAAAUCUUGAUGAUAGCAUAAGACCAGAGAGGUAUGACAGUUUUGCAUCCAGAAUUGACGGAGUUGAUACAAGGGACUCAAAGAGACAUAAGAAGUUAAGCUAUGGCCCAUUGAAUGUAUGCACAAAUAAUAUGAAUCAUAUGGUGGCUAGUUCUCAAGCUGAAAAUUUGGGGACCAAUUGUUGUCAAUCGGAAGACAAAUCUGUACCACCUCAUAAUGGUGCACAGCCUCUUGCACUGUUAGAUGACUUGUCAACAGGAAAAAUUAUUUGUGAAUUUUGCCAGUCCUCUAGAAUCUCAAAGGAUACUGGUCCAAUGUUGCACUAUGUCAAUGGGAAGCCAGUAGAGGGUGAUGAGGCAUUUCUCUCCAGUGCCAUACAUGUUCACAGGGCAUGUAUUGAAUGGGCACCACAAGUCUAUUUUGUUGGUGAAAAUGUUAAGAAUCUGAAGGCAGAAUUGGCUAGGGGUGCGAAACUAAAGUGUAGCAGUUGUGGGCUGAAGGGAGCAGCUCUAGGCUGCUAUCAUAAAUCUUGCAGGAGAAGCUAUCAUGUUCCCUGUGCAAGGGCAGUUGCUGGAUGCCGAUGGGAUUUUGAUGACUUCCUUGUGCUUUGUCCAUCUCAUUCUUCAGUCAGAUUUCCAAGUGAAAAGAAGUUCAAGUCUAAGAAACACAACUUAGAACAUUGUCAUGUACCAACACAAAUAGCCCCAAAACAGUCUAAUUUUUUGUCAGAAUCAUUGCAUGGAGCAGAAGAAUGGGUUUUUUGUGGAUCUGCUCUCUCUUCUGAGGAGAAGUGUCUUCUGGUUGAGUUUGGGAGCAUGAUUGGUGUGCCUGUAACCAAAUUCUGGAAACAAAAUGUCACACAUGUAAUUGCAGCCACAGAUACAAAGGGUGCAUGCACCAGGACAUUGAAAGUUCUCAUGGCAAUUUUGAAUGGGAGAUGGGUUCUUACAAUUGACUGGGUAAAGGCAUGCAUGAAAUCUAUGUGCCCUGUUGAUGAAGAACCUUAUGAAGUUGGUCUCGAUAACCACGGGUGCUGUAAUGGCCCCAGAACUGGCAGGCUUAGUGUGUUGGACAAGGCACCAAAACUAUUUGAUGGCUUGAGAUUCUAUUUUUCUGGUGACUUUGUGUUGGGUUACAAGGAAGAUCUCCAGAAUUUAGUCACAACUGCAGGAGGUACCGUUUUGAGGAUAGUGGAAGAAUUAGUGGAAAAAACUCACGAGCCAGCAGCAGCAGCAGCUCCUUCAAAAACAAUAGUUGUCUACAACCUUGAUCCUCCACAAGGAUGCAAGUUAGGCGAAGAAGUCUCAAUUCUAUGGCAGAGACUAAAUGAAGCAGAAAACUUGGCUGCUAAAAUUGGAUCCCAGGUCAUUGGUCAUACAUGGGUACUGGAAUCAAUUGCUUCCUAUAAGUUGCAGCCUUUUGUCAGCUUGCAUGGUAUUCGCGACGCCAGCAACUCGAUAAUCGAAGAAUAAGGUACUUUUUCUUUGGUUGUGUUCAUUUUGAUCCUGCCAUACAUGAUUUUUUUUUUUUUUUUUUCGGUUAGAUUCAUCCAUGUAAUAGUGCUCGGGAUGUUGUAAUUUGAAUGUUUUGGAAAUGAAAUCAAGUUGCCUUUUAGCAUUCACC